AUGUCGCUUCUCAGUCUGGUGCGCGAUGAUCGCGCGAUCCUCUUGGGCUUGACAGCUGCGGCGAUCGGUGCGCUUGCUAUGAUUGACAUGGUCCUGGAGCGAGUGCGCGACGAUGCGGAGGUCAAACAGCAGCAGCCAACAACGCAGUAUAUCACGCAGGAGACAGAGGACUCUCUCAGGUCGAACACUCUAGACACGCUUCUCAGUCACUACAACUAUGCCAUCCGGGAUAUAUCGAGCAAGAUCGUCACCGAUAGGGCGGUCAACGACGGCGAAACGAUAGACUAUCUCCUCUGGGGCAUCACGCGGCCAGACUACGACGAGCGCCUGAAGUGCCUCCGCACUUUGGCUUAUAUUACAGAUCCCCACACAGAAACUGUGCCGAAGUUUAAUACCCCGCGCGCGUAUGCUGCCUUCGUGCGCUCCCUGGAGUUUUGCCUCACUGACCGGGCGCCCCUCGAGAAGCUGGACGACAAGUACUUUGACGAGUACGGAUUGCGCGACAUGGCCGAGAAGCUCCCCCUCAUGUUCCUCAGCCAGCUCAUGCAGAAAUACGGAUCACAGCAAGCCGUCAAGGCUGGCAUCGUGGAGAAGUGGCUGGCGAGGCAGAACUGGGGGGACACACCGGACGAGAGGGAACACAAUUUCUUCCAGUAUCUAUACAAACAGAACCGGAUCGUUGAGAUCAUCCAUGGAAUCCAACGGUGUCCCAUAGGCCGGGAAGCCCUUGCCGAGGCUGGCUUGAUGCCGAAAAACGUUUCGGAGACUUUUGGGGUUUUCGCCUCGAUCCACAUCGAGUCCGAGAUCAUUGACAACGACCAAGCUGAGCCUACGCCAAGACAUAUGGAGCAAAGCCCCGAGGAACAAAGGCUGAGGCAUCGCCAUCGCGAGGCCAUGGUGUUGAACGAUGGAACGCGCCCACUGGGUCGAUCUGACAUCAUCGAGGUCGAAGACAACGCGCCGCCCUGA